AUGAUUAUAUCUAACUUGAUUAUAAGUUUAAUAUUAAUAAGAUUAAAGGUUUUUAAAAGUUUUUAUGUUAAAAUUUUUGUUUAUGUGAAAUUAUUAUAUUUUUAA